AUGCCGCCGCUGCCGGGUGAGGAGCGAGUGCUGACUGUCUUCGCCGACAUCCAUUACUAUUUCACAGCACCAAGUCCAAGGCCUCGUCGUCACCGGUUCGACAAAGGCUCUUAUCUAUAUCUCUACCAGAAUGCCGGCCAGCGCAAGAUCAGAAUCGAAGUCGCGAACAAUCCUGGGACUCCGGAACAGGAUGCUUUCAAUGGAGCUUUGGACAAGAUCCAUGUGCGACAUUCAGCGCAAUUCUCGAACCUGUGCACAAUAACGGUGGACGGACAGUCGCAAAGUUCAGCGCACAAUGUGCCUGCUUUUCCUCCCCCACCAGGUGCCGCAGCGGAAUGGGAGCUAGCCGAGGAUGAAUCACAGAGCAUGAUGCGCCUCCAUACUCUGGACAUCUACUUCUGGACCGUGGACGAUGCCAACCAGUUUCUCGAUAUCCUCGAGCGAGACCUGCCUGCAGCGCAGAUAGAAUCUGACCGGCAUCCAUAUCUCCCACCGCCUCCAAGUACCGUCAGCUCGGUGGUUCAGCAGCUGGAGACAGUGGCUAUUACCGACCCCGCAUAUCAGAACGGACAGACGCGCAACUCCCAAGCAGAAGUAGUCGCCAACCCCGCAACCAAUUACCAAGCCAUUGAUCCAUCCAGCGCCCUGCCACCUCCGCCUCCCUUGGCCGCUGCUCCGCCUCACCCGGGCCUUCAGUCUGUGUCAAGUGAGCAGCCACCAGCGGACUCUGUUAUCCCUCAGUCUGCUCCUCUGCCGUACAACCCCGCCGCGCCAGCUGCCCCGGAACCCAUCAAGCACCGUGAGAAGACCCCUCCUCCGGAAGACUACGCCACUGGCACCGGCCUCGCCGCCGCCGCCACAGCACCCGAUCAAGAAUUCCCAUUUCCCUCUUCUGCGGCCCCAGUGUCACCGGGACUGUCGUCUCUGAUCUCCUCCCCCGCCUCACCAGCACCACCAUCCAUGCCAGGAACCUACGCUUCCCCACCCCCAAGCACAGGCCUGAGCUUCUCUCCCUCGGUGACGCGGUCAGCCUCUAUCUCCAGUCCGCCGGGAGUCCCGUCGUAUCCACCUUCCUUCCUCUCCGGCGAGACCCCAGGAUACCAGCAGCACCAGCAGCAGCACCAGCCGCGCAGCUCCCUAAGCAGCACAGGAUCCAACUCCCUUACCGGUCCACCGCAAGCAACAACCAUGACGUUCGCACCCCCACCCACCGAAGCACCCACAGCAGCAGCACCAGCAGCAACAACAACAACAAUCAUGACAUUCGCCCCUCCACCUACGGAGACCGUCCCACCCACUCCCUUACAAACCCAGCCCCAGCCCCCGUAUACACAUCCGUACGGGCAAUACCAAACCCAACCCGCACACACCACCCCACCACCCCCCAUCCACCCGGCCGUAGCCAUCGCCGGCUACUCCAACUACUCAUACGAACAACAACCACCAGGCUCUAGCCCGAACCCACCGGCCGGAUACGACAUUCACCGACAGAUGUACCGACCCACGGAGGCGGAGGCCAAUUCGCGCCAUCAGAAGUAUGCCAAGGAGGCAAUGAAGAACCCCGGGGACCGGCCGCAGACAUUUGUGAAGAGCGCGUACCGAGUGGAGAAUAGUGUGAAUCGGUUUUUGAAGAAGUUGGAGAAGAGGUUAUAG